AUGUUGUCGAGAUACAAUCGAGUUAUUGAUAUCGAGGGCGGUAACGCUGAAAUUUCGUUACCCAUUGUCAACUUCCCACCAUUUAGACUUAGAGCCCAGCUGAUUGAAAAAGAUCCCGUUGUUUGGUUGCAUUUAUUAGAGACAUAUGUAACUUACUUGGAGUAUUUGAUGCAAGGAACUAACAUUGAACUACUGAAUGAUUCUACACUUGAUCAUUUCCGUCUAUUUUUAAGAAGUUAUCUACAUGAAAUUGCGGAUGAAGAGGGGAAGUUAUUAAGUCUCGGUAUCAAUCAUGAUGUGUCUGAGCAGUUGCAUCUACUGAAGGGCUGGAUAUUCUCAUUGGUUAAGAAGUGUGGCCUGCUGCACCUUCAAAUAUUUGGUGAUUCUCUUUGGGACAUGGUUAAGAUAUACGUCAAACGCAACCCUGAUUCUAUUCGUGGUUUGAUUGACGGUUCAUUGAAACCACAAAUCAACACGCAACGUGUACAGUUGGACAAAACUUACCAACUUCAACAGCAUUUAAAACAGUUGAUAGAAUCCGGAAAAUUCAAAAAGCUAGAUUUAAAAUGUGUCGAAGAUCUGCUAACAGCUAAGUCUAUACAACCAAAUAAAUUCGCGGAAAACUUCUUUACAGCGAGCUGGAUUGAAAUUUUAGAGGCAUUAUGGUCGAAGGGCCAAGGCAGGGCCCAUGAAAUUUCUAAAAAAUUAAUUAUCAUUAAUAUAUUUUCUGUUUCUGCCAACCAUUUACUGAAAAUAACCCAAGAAUUGGGUAUAAGUAAUUUGGAAACUUUAGCACUAUACCCACUAUUAGGGACAAUACUUAUAAAUGAAAAUAUCCACAAAAGACUUCCUGAUUUGAAAAGCAAGCUCCUUUUUUUAAAUUUUGGAUCACUGUCAAUGAAUAUUGGAACCAGUACUGAACAUUCAUCAUCAACAAGUAACGAAAUUAAUGAGGAUCAUGUAUUGUCAUUAAUGGAAUUGUUUCCCCAAUUCUCCAAAUAUCAAUUAUCACAAACCCUUCUUGCAUAUGAUGAUAACAUUGAGCUAGUGACGAAUAAAAUAUUUGAAGAUCCUACUAUUAUUGAAGCAUUCCCCAGAGAAUCCGGAGAAGAAGAAACAAGACCAAUUUCGAGCGGAAACAAUACUGCUUUUACGGAUGAACUAAGCUUAUCAAACAGAGUUCCUAGCUCUAAGAAUAAGGACUUAGAUAAGAAGAUUAUCUCAGGACACGUUCCAGAUGAAUUAAGAAAUAAAACUCUAACAAGGGCAUUGAAACUUUUAUAUGAAGGUGACGAAGAUGAAAGGGAUGAUACUUAUGAUGAAGCUGAUGUGAGCCGAUCUGAUUUAUCGAAAAGAAUCAACGUUCAAGAAGACGAGGGAAAAAGCCAAAAGCAGGAUGACACAAGUGAAGAGAAACAACCUUCGCAGUACGAUGCUGUUGAAGCUUACUUAUGGGAAUUAUUAAAACAGGACCAAACCUUGUUUGAAAGAUCUAAGAGAGGUUCAAAAGUAAGGAAAUCUAUGAAAGAACACACUUCAUGGUCAGAUGAACAAAUUGAAGGCUGGUCGCGAAUGUUGGAGAGAUCACCUCAACGAGCCAGGCUUCUUGAAGAAAAAUUCAUGUUUAAGGGUAAUUUCAAAUCUGGUAAGACGUCGUACGUUCAUAACCGUGAUGAUAAUACUAAAGACUCUACUAAAGAACAAACGAAAAAGAAAGCACCAAAGGUAAUCAAGAAGGAUGAACCACAGUCUGUUGAAAAGACAAAAAGACAACAUGCCAAAAAUGAAAAGAAGAAAGGAGCAAGAGCUAAUCACAAUCGUAAGGGAGGUCAUGAUAAGAAGUUAGCUCGUGCUGGAGGUAACGGCGUUUGA